GCAGGGGGAGAGCGCGCGCAGCGGUGCGGUCCGCUUCUGAUGACAGCAGAGGGCCCCGCACACUGAGGCGGUCUUUCUUUUUUUUUUUCUUCUCCUCUCCGGGGUUUGAAGCCGCACGUCUGGUGUUCUUGAGGAGAGUCGAGCGCCGUCGAUGGUACAUUUUGGUAGUAUACCUACUCGACUUCUGCACCGGCCCAAAGGCGCCCUGUCUCUCGAGGGGGGGGGGGGGGGGGAAAGAAAAGAGGUUGAGUACAGUGCGGGCAGCGGGGACUCCAGCGAACGACCGUCGCGGCUAACCGUUCGUGCUAAGCAGUUAGCCACUAGCGCGAGACAGGUAUGUCUGAAGUUAGUCUUGAGGCCGAAUCGGGGAAGACCUCAGCCGAGGACCCUCAGAUGGAUUGCGAGCGGGCGGAAAAAUCAGAAGAGAGUUUGAGUGAUAGUGAUAAACAGGAAAGUGUAGACGACGGUAGGCGACGAGAUGACACAGACGAGGUGCUGUACGACAUCGAUAUUGACAGCGCUGGAGAAAACUGUGACGAGGCCACUCUGGAGGAGGAUGAGGGCGUUCAGAGGGCAAGUGCAGCGGCGCUCGGCGCUGCACACAUGUCUGACAGUGUAGAAAAUGAGGGCCAAGGGAUAAUUCGUCACGUUGAAGCCACUGAAACGCCAUUGGAAGGUGGAGGUUCUCUCACUGAACCAAAGGAAAGCACAAUGACCGAAGAGUCCCAUAGAAGCUCAGCCGCUGAGAUCCCAGUCACCAGCAAUGGAGACCGCCAUCAGAGCCCUGAGACCACAUUCCAGAGGGACCCUUACCCCAGUGGCCCUAGGGCCCUAAAUCUUUCAGACUCCUCUGUCACCACCAGCAACUUUGCUUCAACAACAGAAGGCAUCAUUGAGUCGGGGCCAUACAAAGGGUCAGCAAGCCUGCCCACGUCUCCCGUGACACCUGUAGCUCCCAGCUCGGCUGUCGCUAGCCGCCUGGCGCGCUCCUCCAGCGAUAGUCAGGCUGAGAAAGGCGAGACGAAUGCGCCGCCAAACAGUGGAGCGGUGGUCCUUUCAGAUGACUUAAAGAGCCCAGCCAUGGAAAAACUGGACCUAGUGAGGAAGUGGAGCAUCAACACAUAUAAAUGCACCAGGCAGAUCCUGUCUGAGAAGCUGGGUCGGGGCUCGAGGACCGUGGACGUGGAGCUGGAGGCCGAAAUCGAAGUCCUCCGCGACAACAAGCGAAAGUACCAGCAUGUCAUCAGGCUGGCUCAGACUCUGUCCAGUCAGCUGUCCCAGAUCAUGCUGACGCAGAAGCAGCUGGGCGACGCCUUCGCCGACCUCAGCCUCAAGUCACCGGAGCUGCACGAGGAGUUUGGUUACAACGCUGAGACCCAAAAGCUUUUGUCCAAAAACGGAGAGACGCUGCUGGGUGCCAUCAACUUUUUCAUCUCCAGUGUGAACACACUCGUAGACAAAACCAUUGAAGACACCCUGCUUAAUAUCAAACAGUAUGAAUUUGCCAGGGUCGAGUACGACGCGUACCGCACCGAUCUGGAGGAGUUGAAUCUGGGCCCGCGUGACGCCGCCACCAUGCCCAAGAUCGAGCUCUCCCAGCAGCAGUUCCAGAUCCACCGCGCGAAGUACGAGAGGAUGCGAAACGACGUCUCCGUCAAGCUGAAGUUCCUGGAGGAGAACAAGGUGAAGGUAUUGCACAAGCAGCUGAUCCUGUUCCACAACGCCAUCGCUGCGUACUACGCCGGGAACCAACAGCAGCUGGAACAAACACUCAAAGAGUUCCACAUCAAGUUGAAAAUGCCAGGCGGGGACACUCCAUCUUGGCUGGAAGAGCACUAAUCAUCACUCCGGUUGGAGCGACGGCGUCUCUUGUUUUGACAGAAAAUUCUACAGGACCAACCACCACACCCCCCCCCCCAACACCACCCAACACCCCCCUUCAGCUCAACUGUCACUGCCUUUCAAAACUUUCACAAUUGUUUAACUUCUUUAACUCAAUACGCAAAAUGAAAGAAAAGAAACCCUGCUACGAUCCUUUUACUCUUGUUGUUGAAUCAUCGUUUUCAUCUUGCAGUGAUUUCAAAUCAUGGCAACUUGCACUUUUAAACCGCCUGUCUGUCAGGAGUCGGCGUGUUGGGAGACUGUAAAUGGCCUUUUGCAAUCCAGCACAAGAAUGUCGUAUCUCAGCUGUAAGGAAAAAAACUACGGGAUCAAAGCGACUGCCAGUUAAACAUAAUUUACAGUUCUUUUACCAUUUGACUGAGAUCUAGAUGAAUAUUUUAUGAAAAGUCAAGUCAGGAAGCCUCAGGAGACUCCGACAAGUAACUCCCUCAUGAUUUGACUUGUCAUUCAGAUUCAUGGAUCAAUGCAUGCAAAAUAGCCAGCAGACUUUUGAUCAAAGUGAUCCAUUGACAUUUUGGCAAAUGUGUUUUUUUUUUGUUUUUUUUCGUGCUUCGUUUGUUUAAUAGUAGACUACAGUCAGCAGCCGGUUAGCUUAGCUUAGCAUAAAGACAGAAAAGGGUUAGCUGUCCUGGUUCUCUGCGAAAGCGAAAGCGAAAGAAAUUCAGCCUACCAGCACCUCUUAACCUCCCUGAUAUAAAGAACCAAAGCGUAAGGAACAGAAGUUAAGACGUGGUUUUACAUGAGCUUUGUGCCGUAGGAGAAGACCAGGCUAACAGUUUCCCUUUGAUGCCAGGCUUUAUGCUAAGCUAAGAUAAACAGUUAUCUUUAAAUGAAAUGUAUGCACGGAAAUGUUUCUAAUCUUCUCAUCAAACUCAACCUAAAAAUGAGAGUAUUUCCUAAGAUGUAAAACUAUUUAUUGUAAAUGUUUAUAUCAAAUGGAAGUCUGUAAACAACACGUCCUUCAAGUUGCAAUAUGAUAAUGCAGACUCGAUGCUAUUUUUAAUCAAUAAUAGUGUUUUCAUUCUAUUCAAUUCCAGAGAAAACAAAGGACCAGCCUUACGUGACUAAACGUGCCUUGAAUUAUUACUCUUCAAUAUUU